CAAAAUAGUUGAUAUUGCGCAGUUAGACACUGCAAAAUGGAAUUAUACACACAUAUUUAGAAUAUUGUAUUGUGCAUUUAGUCGAAUUUAAUAUUUUGUUCAUAGUGACUACUUGCUCUUAUUAAUACAGCUAUUAAUACAUGUACAAUCUAACGUAGAUACAGGAAAAUGAUGGAUGGUAAAAACCACUAUCGAUUGACUGUUAAUAUGUUUGAUAAUUAGCAGAGAUAUAUGGUACAUUCUUUGUUGUGUUGUGAUUAAAAAAAAACCUUUGUGUGCUGGAACAAAUUUGAUAUCCGUAGUUUUUGUCGUCAUAUGAAGAUUUAAAUUCGUGUAUACGAAAGAAUAAGUAGUGUCUUUUUUAGAACACGACUUUAAAGGUGUUUGAAAGACCGUGGUAGAGACAGUUAAUCCUUCUACGAACAUUGGAAAUUUAUGGUUUCAUUAAAGUACUGGUGUGCAAUUUCUCGCAAACGCAAUAAGGGCUCAGGACAAUAAAGACAGUUUAAACAAAUAUGUCGGACCUGCAGAACACUUUGAAGGAGGUAGACAUUCAGGUCGUAUAUCGGAGACUGGAGGCCCGAAGAAGAAACAUAACACGUGAUGGGCAAAUGUCAAAACGUCAGCUCGCUUCGGCUUAUCGUGGGUAUCAUGGUCUCGAGUCUCAGUACCAUGCCCUACAGCAGAUGUCAAACGCAUCAAUGAUUAAUACUAAAGUGAAAAAUGAUCAUUUGCAGCUAAAACAUGUUGAGGAAAUGAAGCACAUGAUAGAGCAAGAAAAGUCAACCAAAGGAAAGACAGAAAAAGAUCUGAAAGUCAUGCGCGAAGACUUCACAGCGCAGUUAGCCUACCAGUAUGUGUACAAAAAGCAAAGUUUCAAACGACACUACAAAUCACAGAAACAGAAAAAGCCGCGCCCAGUGUCAGAUAAACCGGAAUUAUAUGAAUUAGAGAGAAGGAAUUCUGCAAAAUUAAAUGCCCCAAGACCAUUAGGAUCACUCCGACAGAUCGAGAGCUACAAAGAUGAACUAAAGUUCAAAUUUCCACCAAUAGCACAUCAUGAUAAUUCUAAUGAAAUCAAAUCACCCAGGGUUAAUAUAUUUGGAGAAAAAUCUUAUACCGAACUGAAAUUCGAAAGCAAAGACGACAAACCGCAGGACAUGACAUCCUUCCCCAGUAUUGAAGAUGCAAUGGGCAUACAUGUGAAAUUCAAAUAUAAACCAAACGAUGAAGACAGGCUUAGUACACUUACUGCACCUCCAGCGGGAUUAGACGCGGAAAGCGACAACGAGUCGUCCGAUAUUAAUCCAAAUCUGACUGUCUUCGACAUGGGUCAGAAUUUGAUUCUAAUGCGACAGAAAGAAAAGGAAAAAUUUGAAAAGCAUCGGGUAUUGCCCACAACACCAAGAACAAAGUCCGGUACAACGAAGGAGGUGCAAAAAGUAUCGUUGCGCCGAGCAUUACCGGAAACACCAAAUCGUCCGUCCACUGUGUAUCUGAGAAGUAGAAAUGAAGUCGAAAUGAGAAAAAUGGUGAAAAAAGAAGCGACAGACGUAAUUAGUUCGUGGAAGAGCUUGUCACUUCGAAAGGAAAAAGUCGAAUUAGCAAAAGAACACAAUAAAGUAUCACUGACCGAAAAUCCAGUCCCAGUAUUUGACAGAUCCCGACCUACAUCGGCUAUUUUAAGAGAUUUCAAGGAAUUUAAGAAACAUAAGGAGGAAGAAAAAGUAAAGCGAGAAGAAGAAGAAAAUCAGACUAUCAUUGUAAGACAAAUGUCGCCACAACCAAGAGCUGGUUCCCCAGUGGCAACUAUUCGUAAUAAGUACAUGCAUUCUGUGAGACCUGGAACGGCACGAAAGGAAUCACCAACACAUGCAGGACAGCUACAUCGAACUGACAGCGAGAAGUUCCCAUCUGUUUCACGCACGUCUUCUUUCAAAGAGGUCCCUGGAACUGAAUUAUUUACUGAAAAUGCGCUACUGACGGCGGCUGAGCGCAUUGAACUAGAGAGAGAAAAGAGAAGUAAAGGAAGUAUUUCUGCGGACACAAACAAGAUGGACAACUCUCAAAAGACUAAACGCCGGUUACCAGUCCCGCCAAGUGCAGCGACUAAAAAGAUUGAUCCUCCUAAAACAAUUGAAUUAAAGAUGUGUAAAAGAGGACCAGCAGAACCAGCAAAAAUGUUUAAUACAUCUGUACUACCUCCUGACAGAGAAACGGACACUAUUAACCGGGUCAAGCUAGCAAACGUAACUCACGAGGAAGAGAUGAAAGCACCACUGCAUGAUAAAAGACCACCAUUGUUAACUAUAAAUAAUGAAGAAAACUCAUACACUCCUACUGGGAAACAUCAUAAUAACAACGUGAUUACUGGAGGUCCUUCGCCAUUUCCAGCAGAUAGCCUUACAAGAAUUAAGUCUGCUAGUUCACUGUAUGGUGGAAGGGACCUGUGGCCAAAGCUUUCGAAGAAAAUGCAUUUCGAUUACGAAAAUUACUCGCGGACAACACCAGAAAUGAAAAAAAGGUUGGAGGUUCGAGCAAGGAACAGGAAAAAGAUUCAAGAAAAGAAUGCCCAGUUGGCAGUUGGGAUGAAGAAAAAGGCACUGAAAAAACAAACAGGAAAAGAAGCAGGGACCACAGAUGAUUCAGAGCGACCACCUACAAGAGUAUCGUUCAACGAGAAUGUAAUUGUUUUUCAAACUAUCUGAUACUGAGCUAUUAACAUCAGUUACUAUUUACUGCACACCUAAAUUGAUCCACAUCCUGUGUCAAAUAUUUGACAGCGUAACUUUGAUGAAAGAGUAAUGUAAAUACUUAAAAUAUGCACACACUGAAAUCAGUUUAAAUAUCAUUUCACUAAAACAUCAACACAUUUUAUCUAAUUCAGAAAUAUGCCAGAUGCAAAGAUGUGAAAUAUUGAAUGUUAUACAUUAUCUAAGAACAAUAUUUAUAUUUGAGCCAGAAAUAUAAUUAACAUAUUAGAUUCUAUCACAAGGCAUAAUUUAUAAACACUCAACAAAUCUAGCCCAACUCUUUCUUUUUACUAAUCACCCAGAGUAAAUAUAUUUGGAGAAGGUUACAUUACUCAGAUAUAUUCAUAUAGUUUGGCAUUCGUUCAGACAAUUAUUUUGUGAAUGACACAUAUAAAUUUCAACAAAAUUAAUCUGUUCUUAUUAUUUUACUCAUUUAACGACCACAACCUAUUUAUUAAGUCGAUAAAUAAUGUAGUUCAGUAUUUAAAGAAGUAAACUUGAUUUUACAUAGGAACAAUCUCUAUAAAACAAUGUACAAUGACACCUUUGUUUUGAUAAAGCUAGAAAAAUAUUGAACUUUUUCAGCAUAUAUUUGCGAAAUAUACGUUUGUUUAAUAAAGUCUUCUCGAAUACACUUUCAGUUACUAGUUUAAAUAUCUACAUGUACACCUAUCCCUAACAUUGGGAUAAAACAAAAGAAGUAAAAGCCGAUAUUAAUUUUAAGCAUCCUUUUAAAAGUGUUUAGAUGUUUUACCCCAACCCUUUUUCGAAAUAUUUUGCCCUUUAAGACCCACCACAGAAUGACUGUAUUCUUUUGUGUUUCUAUGACGGUAAUUAAACAAAAGUUUCAUGGGCCAGUUUUUAGUCACAAGCUGACAAUGGCAUAUUUUAAACAAAGACAUUGUGUUAAAUGUCUAGCCACUUUAAAAAAUAAUUAAUAUAGCAGUAUGCACAAUACCUGAUGUAUAUUGUUAGCCGUAGACCGCACUUUAUUUCUGUGGUGUAAGAUGUAUUAAGUUAUUUAUCUUUGUCUUUAUACUUAAAAUGAUUGACUAAAUAAGUUCGCAGAUGAAGUCUUGAAAAUCAUUAUUUAAGGAAAGGUUUGAUUUUCCUACCUGUUGUUAUAACAAUGAUUUUCAAUAAAUUUAUGUAGGAUAAAAAAUAUGUCUGUAGGGUAACAAAAUAUGUCCUAGAUUGUGGUGGAUCUUUAACGGGGUCUACGGCGUUAAUAUUAUCUCACAUGUAACUAUAUAAAAGUGCAGUUAGAGAAAAAAUACAUUGAAAUCAGUUUAGAUACCAUAUUAUUUCGUAUUUAUUCGGUUUCUCUUUAAAAUGGGUUGAGUUUUUAAAGUAAUUAUACGUAUUUUACUGCAUAUUUUGAAUUGGAGUCAUUUUGACAAGACAUUUAUAUUACAUUUUUCUAAGUGUGUUUAAGAUUUUAAAAGAGUUGAUUAAAAACAUGUGAUUUGAAAUACUUUGGCGAAAACCUGUGUAUUGCGUUAAAAUAUUUGUUAAGUGUACAUAGGUUUAUGCAAACAUUCACUUUUUCUUGCACCUAAAUAUUUUAAAUGUUUGUUUUUAUUGUGAUAGUUCUUAUCUAAAAUUAAAGCUAUAAUGCAUAUGCUUUGUCUAAUUAACGUACAAUCAGACCCCUGAAUGUUAAAUUUUUAGUUUUACGAAGCACGAUAGUUUUCAGCAUAUAUGUUUCGGCUGAAAACAAAAUGAACGUUAUUUUAUCAAAUGUAAUAUGGCCAGCUGUACUGCAAAACCUGUUUUAAUAAACUUGAACGUAGGAACUUUUAUCCUUAUAAGUAGUGCCAAUGUUUCUAGGUUUAGAUAUUCUUUCAUAAUUACCAACAAGAGACAAUUGCUCAGUCUGAUUUGUUUUACUUAAAUCAGGAGAGACAAAUACUUGCGUUUAGGUUAAUUAAGAAAAUGUGUUUAUUAUUUUAUCCGAACUGGAAUUGAUUAACACAUAAAAUGUUGAUUUACACGAUUAAGUACACAUAUGCACUCGCGUACAUGCAUAGCUAGGCGACACACAUUCAUAAACAGACACUCGUGAUCAUACAUACACUUCUCCCCUUUCCUACACAUACAUAGCUAGGCGACACACAUUCAUAAACAGACACUCAUGAUCAUACAUACACUUCUCCCCUUUCCUACACAUACAUAGCUAGGCGACACACAUUCAUAAACAGACACUCGUGAUCAUACAUUCACUUCUCCCCUUUCCUACACAUACAUAGCUAGGCGACACACAUUCAUAAACAGGCACUCAUGAUCAUACAUACAUUUUUCCCCUUUCCUACACAUACAUAGCUAGGUGACACACAUUCAUAAACAGACACUCAUGAUCAUACAUACACUUCUCCCCUUUCUUACACAUACAAAGCUAGGCGACACACAUUAUGAUUAACAGACACUCAUGAUCAUACAUACACUUCUGUCCUUUCCUACACCCUACACAUACAUCACUCAUGUUAAUUCUGCUAGAAUGUACUUCAAAUAAUAAUUAUAAUGGCACUUGGGUUUAAUUUAAUCAUUUUAUAUUGCAAUUAUCACACACAAUAUGAUAGUAAAUGUACAUCAAGAUACAUAUAUGAGCCGUGCCAUGGGAAAACCAACAUAGUGGGUAUGCGACCAGCAUGGAUCCAGACCAGCCUGCGCAUCCGAGCAGUCUGGUCAGGCUCCAUGCUGUUCGCUUUUAAAGCCUAUUGGAAUUGGAGAAACUAUUAGCGAACAGCAUGGAUCCUGACCAGACUGCGCGGAUGCGCAGGCUGGUCUGGAUCCAUGCUGGUCGCAUACCCACUAUGUUGGUUUUCUCAUGGCACGGCUCAUAUAUUAACAAAAACACGCCAACAUCAUCAAGACAUAUAAUACUACAUUACAUUAAAAUACAUUCCGUAACUUUGCAAUAGUACGAUAAUACAAAAGGGUUGGAGAAAAGAUUUACCAGCAUUAGAAAUCGGUCCGUCCCUAUAAUAACACAACACAUUUACAACAUAAUCUAAGUCGCAUUGAAAAUACAGUGUAUUAAUUAUUACUGUGAUAUAUCAAAUACUCUUUGGUAAAUAUUGAAUUAUUGUUAUUCUAUACACAAUAGCUAAUUACUUGUAUGCUAUAUGCUAUUUAUGUCUUUGUUUAUGUUUAUAAAUUGUAAAUAGUUGAGAUUUUAAAUAAAUGAUCAGACCUAAUCUAAAGCCAACUUCGCCUAAAAGCGUAGGCCUAUGCACAGUACCAUGCUAAAUAUAUAUAGAUUUGAAACAGUUUCAUAUCGAUUAUUAAGAAAGUUAAAGUUCACCUCGCACGUACCAUUUAACUAUUAUACAGUUUUAUACAAUUGAGUUACUAUAUGUUCUAUUUGGCAUGUCACUAAAAAUAAAUGCAUACAUGAA